CUCCCCGUCCGCCUGAAGUCCAGCGGCUGUAGCUGCGGCGCCCCGGCCCCGUCUCUCGGCGCAGCCCGGCGGCCCCGGGCAUGGAGAACGCGCACAGCUCGUCGGCAGCCGCGGUGCUGCAGCGCUUCGGGGUGCAGGAGAGCUGCGGGCUGAGCCCCGAGCAGGUCCGCCGGAGCCGGGACAAGUACGGACCCAACGAACUCCCUGCUGAAGAAGGAAAGUCACUCUGGGAACUGGUGCUGGAGCAGUUUGAAGAUCUCCUUGUGCGCAUUCUUCUCUUGGCUGCUGUUGUGUCAUUUAUCCUGGCCUGGUUUGAAGAAGGUGAAGAGAUCACUACUGCAUUUGUAGAGCCAGUUGUCAUCAUGCUGAUUCUCCUAGCCAAUGCUGUUGUGGGGGUGUGGCAGGAGAGAAAUGCGGAGAGUGCUAUCGAAGCCUUAAAGGAAUACGAGCCAGAAAUGGGAAAAGUGAUCCGUGCCGACAGGAAUGGAGUCCAGAGGAUCCGGGCUCGAGAUAUUGUUCCUGGGGAUAUUGUGGAAGUGGCAGUUGGUGACAAGGUGCCAGCCGAUAUCCGGAUCAUCGAGAUCAGAUCCACGACGUUACGGGUUGAUCAGUCGAUUCUCACAGGUGAAUCUGUGUCUGUGAUUAAACACACUGACCCGAUCCCUGACCCCAGGGCUGUCAAUCAGGACAAGAAGAACAUGCUUUUCUCUGGUACCAAUAUUGCAGCUGGUAAGGCUGUUGGCGUCGUCAUUGCUACCGGGGUAUACACAGAAAUUGGGAAGAUCAGGAAUCAGAUGGUUGCAACUGAGCCAGAGAAGACCCCAUUGCAACAAAAGCUGGAUGAGUUCAGCCAGCAACUCUCCAAGGUCAUUUCUGUGGUCUGCAUAGCUGUCUGGGUCAUCAAUAUCAGCCACUUCAGUGACCCGGUCCACGGCGGCUCUUGGUUUCGUGGGGCUAUCUACUAUUUCAAGAUUGCGGUGGCCUUGGCAGUCGCUGCCAUCCCUGAGGGUCUCCCUGCUGUCAUCACCACUUGUCUGGCGCUGGGCACGCGCCGUAUGGCCAAGAAGAAUGCUAUUGUGAGGAGCCUUCCUUCAGUGGAAACGCUGGGCUGCACCUCCGUCAUCUGCUCUGACAAGACUGGUACCCUCACCACUAACCAGAUGUCUGUCUGCAGGAUGUUUAUUAUUGAGAAGAUUGAGGGGAUCCACUGCAGCCUGCAUGAGUUCAGUAUCACAGGAUCCACCUAUACCCCGGAGGGAGAGAUCCUGAAGGAUGACAAGCCCGUUCAGUGUGGACAGUAUGAUGGCCUGGUGGAACUAGCCACUAUCUGUGCUCUCUGCAAUGACUCCUCUCUGGAUUAUAACGAGUCAAAAAAAGCCUAUGAGAAGGUGGGAGAAGCAACUGAAACAGCCCUGACCUGCCUGGUAGAAAAGAUGAACGUCUUCAGCACUGAUACAAGCAACCUCUCGAAGGUGGAGAGAGCCAAUGCCUGCAACUCUGUAAUCAAGCAGCUGAUGAAGAAAGAAUGCACCCUGGAGUUCUCCCGUGACCGCAAGUCAAUGUCUGUCUACUGCACUCCUGUCGGUUCCAGCCACAACUCUGUUGGCAGCAAGAUGUUUGUCAAGGGCGCCCCCGAAAGUGUGAUCGAACGCUGCAACUACGUCCGUAUUGGCACUAACCGGAUCCCCCUCACGCUCUCCACUAAGGAGAAGAUCUUGUCCAAGAUCCGGGAAUGGGGGACUGGCAUUGACACCCUGCGCUGCCUCGCUCUGGCCACCCGGGACACCCCCUGCAAGAAAGAGGACAUGCAGCUGGAAGACUCGACCAAGUUCAUUAACUAUGAGACUAACCUAACCUUUGUGGGCUGCGUGGGGAUGCUGGACCCUCCCCGGAAGGAGGUGAUGUCGUCCAUUAAGAUGUGCAAGAAAGCCGGCAUCCGGGUCAUCAUGAUCACUGGGGACAACAAAGGCACAGCCGUGGCCAUCUGCCGGAGGAUUGGGAUCUUCUCAGAGAAGGAGGAUGUGACGGACAAGGCCUACACUGGCAGGGAGUUUGAUGAUCUCCCCCCGGAGACACAGCGGGAGGCCUGCCGUUCAGCCCGUUGCUUCGCCCGAGUCGAACCUGCUCACAAGUCCAAGAUAGUCGAAUACCUACAGUCUUUCCAUGAGAUUACAGCUAUGACGGGAGAUGGAGUGAAUGAUGCCCCUGCCCUGAAAAAGGCUGAGAUUGGCAUUGCCAUGGGCUCUGGCACAGCCGUAGCAAAAUCGGCAGCUGAGAUGGUGCUGUCUGAUGACAACUUCUCCACCAUCGUGUCUGCCGUUGAGGAGGGCAGAGCCAUCUACAACAACAUGAAGCAGUUCAUCCGCUACCUCAUCUCUUCUAACGUUGGAGAGGUCGUCUGUAUUUUCCUGACUGCAAUCCUGGGCUUGCCUGAAGCUCUGAUCCCAGUCCAGCUGCUCUGGGUGAACCUAGUGACAGACGGGCUACCUGCCACUGCUCUUGGAUUCAACCCCCCUGACCUAGACAUCAUGGACAAACUUCCCCGCAACCCAAGAGAGCCCCUCAUCAGUGGCUGGCUUUUCUUCCGCUACCUUGCCAUUGGAGUGUACGUUGGAUUGGCAACGGUGGGGGCAGCUACCUGGUGGUUCUUGUAUGAUGCUGAAGGGCCGCAAGUUACCUUCUACCAGUUGAGGAACUUCAUGAGAUGCACAGAGGACAACCCCAUCUUUGAAGGCAUUAACUGUGAAAUCUUCGAGUCUCGUUACCCAACCACUAUGGCUCUGUCGGUGCUAGUGACGAUUGAGAUGUGCAAUGCUCUCAACAGUGUGUCUGAAAACCAGUCACUGCUGAGAAUGCCACCAUGGCUCAACAUCUGGCUUCUGGGGACAAUUGUCAUGUCCAUGGCGCUGCACUUCGUGAUUCUCCACGUGAAGCCUAUGCCUCUGAUCUUCCAGGUGACCCCCCUGAGCUGGCCACAGUGGGUGGUCGUGUUGAAAAUUUCCCUGCCUGUUAUCCUGCUCGAUGAAGGACUCAAGUACCUUUCCCGCAACCACCUAGAGGGAAUUCUCAGGACAGUCAGACACACGUGGACUGGGGAGCACCAGCUGAAAACCUGCAGGAGUCCAGAUCAAACAGGGAGAAGAGGGCAAGAAAUGAAUGACAUAAAGGAAACUCACUUUCUAAAUAAAGAAACCCUAAGCUGUAACUCGGACUGAAGUCUUGCAUGUUUGACCAUCACUAGAAGCCAGCAGGACAUGCAUGUGUCCGACUAUCAGACUAAUGCGGGUGAAUCGUUGAAAAGAAAAAUACUGAUUUUGUUUUAGUUUCGUAGCUUUUUUUCCCUGUACGUAAUGGUGCAAUUACUGGACAGCUAAAUUAUAGUUUGGGGAUGAAACUAUAUGUAACUGAGUCAUUGUAACACAGCUCCUUGGGGGUCCGCUCCUGAAAAGUUUGAGACCCCUUAAAAAUAGCCCCAAUGUGUGAGCUCAGUAAGGCAUCUUUUGUUUUGUAAAAAUGUGGUAGGUGGGAGGUCGUGCUUUUACAGUGGUGCACAGUAUCUGUGCAUGAGCAAUGAUGACAGAGGUGCAUUCCAGAGCUGUGAUGUGGCAAAACAGACAGCAUCUCAGUACCAAGGAAAAGCUUAUCUGUGUGAAUGGGCAGGGGAGGUAAGCAAAGAAAGGUGCAUGGGAUGCAACAGGUGUGUUCCAAUUGACUUCCAAUUUAGUAGGGUGAUAUCCAUUAAAGUAUAAUACCUAGGUGGCAAUGCUAGUGCUCUGGAAGCCACAUUGCCUAGAUGUCCAGCUUUGGUGGUUUCAAUGUACCUGUAUCCUGGUAUAAUUACCAGUGUUGUAGAUCUUGUGGACAUGUAUUUACUUGCAAAGAUUUUUGUGGUGGAAGUUGAAACUUCCUCUAUUUAUCAUAUUAUUCUCUAUUCUAUUUUCCUCUUGUGAAAAUCUUGCACCUUCUCAGGCUCAUCUGACACCAAAGCAUGACCCAGUCCUCUUGUCCUUUCUCUUCUGUAUAACACCUUGUUAGCUCCCUUCCUGUGCUAAGCAUCUCCACCUAGACAGCUUAAAACAAAACACGGAAAUGGAGAACUCUGGAUCCCACCUCAUCUAGUGCUCAUUCCUGAUCAAAUUUUCUGACUAGGUAAAUCUAGAUUACCUAGUUUUUAAAAUAUGACUACAUAGAAGGUAGAAUAAAAGACUUAAGAGGGAGUUGUCCAUUAGUUAAUGUCAGUUUUGGGAGACAAUCUGUGCUCCCAAUAUGAUGUUGAAAAAGGGAGAGGUGAUCACAUGGGAGCAAAGGUUGUCUCCCAGAAACUGACAUUAAGACUUAUUCUACCACCUAUAUAAUCUUAUUUUUGAAACUCACAUAGAACAUUUGACCAGGAAUGGGCACUAGAUGUGGUAGGAUCCAAAGUUCUUGAUGAAGGGAAAAAGAUGCCUACAGUUUUCCUUCCUUCUAAACUUCACUCGGGUGCAUGCCGGAGCACCGGGGUCAGUUAUUGCUUUGCUUUGCUAUUAUUUUGCUCCAUUCCUAUCUGGAUCAGUUUCUAUUUAAUUUUUUAAGUCUCUUAAAACCCCCAGUGCUUUUUGUCUCUCUUCCGUCCAGGCCAGCUGGCUGAACUUUGACAAGCUGGCUACCGUAGGUACAGUACGUGCCAAACACCAUCCUUUCCUUUUUCUCCAUCACCAGCAUUGAAAAAGAUGGGUCGCGCCCCCAGACCAAUGGGAAUGUACAGACUUGUUAUACUACUGAUCUGAUUUAAUUGUACAGAAAACCUUGCAUGAAAUGUUGUUACUGUAUUUAAUAUAGAAUGUACUCAAGGAAUUUUAAUAUGGAGCUUUUAAAAAACAAACAAACAUCUUUAUAAAUACUGUGUGAUUACAGGAAAAUUGUUCACCGAAAAA